AUGAGCUUGGCAGACAACGGCUCGAACCAUUAUCCUAUCAGGAAAGCAAGAAUUUUGAGUAACUUCUACAUUCAGCAGCCUCAGAAUGAAGCCAUCAUAUCCAAUGAAGAUGACAGUGACGAAGUCAAAAUCUUACAUGUUGUCCCCAGUCGCUUGGCUGUUCCCAUGAAGGAUCUUCCUCCUACUCUUCCUUCUCCAAGCCCUGGUUCUUCCUCAUUCACCUCAAUGGGACCAGGGGCAUUACCUCAGGAAACCCCUAACCUCAGCCGUCCCAAAAGUUUACCGAUCCAAUUGUCUUUGCGGUCAGAGUUGACACCCAGUUCUAUUCUUGAUCCCCCGGGUCCCUCAUUCGAAAGUAGCCCUGUGCCUAGGAUUGCUCAUUCACCAGAAAAUGUACCCAAUCAUUCGCCACAAACUUUGAAAGUGGUUCAAAAAGUGGCGGAUGACACUUGGAUUGAAAUCAAUUUGCCCUAUGACACCUUGGAGGAUGGAGAGCGCUUGAAACGGAUGUCAAGCACUAUCGAGACCCUCGCCACAUCCUAUAGGAACAUCUUAAGCUCGUCCCCUUCUCAGGCAAAUUGUUCUUGCCCACAAGCAUCGGGUCCGAGAAACGCUUGCCACUCUCAAUUGGAUACAGCUGAUGUUGUUCCAGGAUCUCAAAGGCCGCCACAGCCGAAGAAGGCGAACAAGCCGGCCAAGCGGCCAAUGCAUUUCGUUCUCCAGGAUCCGAGCGAUGAUCGUGAGGAUCUCCCGGUUAUGGAGAAACGAAGGUGCUCCAUUUGCACUGCUUCAGUUGAAAGUUUUCAUCUGAAUUAUGGAGUUAGUUCAUGUUACAGUUGCCGAGCUUUCUUUCGAAGAUCGGUGCAGAAGAAUAUUCACCCCAUGUUCGUGUGUCAUUUUGGACGGCGAUGUACUCUAAACCCGUAUAAUCGGAGUGACUGCCGGAAAUGCCGCUUUCAAAAGUGCCUGGACCAAGGCAUGAAAACAACCUCGGUUUUGAGCCAUGGCCAGAAAAUGGUGCGAUUCCGCAAGCACAUUGGUCUCAAGCAGGCGGAACAAUUCCAAGGAAAUCAAAGGACCUCAAUAUCUCUUCGAUCUUUCCGAAAGCCAAAAAAACAAUCUGGUUUGCGUUCCGUGUAA